AACUUUUGAUGGAGAGGCACCCAAAAAUCUUUUGGUCUCCAUGUGCGGUCCAUUGCCUUGACCUCAUGCUGGAGGAUAUAGGUAAGCUUGGAUGGGUGAAAGAAUGCGUUGAAAGGGCCAAGAAUAUAUGCAAAUUUAUUUACAAUCAUGCAUUGGUCCUUAGCAUUAUGAGGCAAUACACGGGGGAAAGGGAGUUGGCUCGUCCUGGUAUAACAAGAUUUGCCUCAAAUUUCCUCACAUUGAAAUCCUUGUUAAAAUCAAAGGCAUCUUUGAGGCGCAUGUUUGUUGGUGAGGAGUGGACUUCCUCAUCCUAUGCUACGACCACUGCAGGGAUGGAUGUAGUAGAUUGCAUUUUUGAUGAGCCAGGUUUUUGGAUCCCUUGUGCAGAGAUCGUGCACGUCACUGAGCCCCUAGUAGUUCUCCUACGAGUUGUUGAUGGGGAGAAGCCCGCUGUGGGCUACAUAUAUGAGGGCAUGGAUAGGGCCAAGGAGGCCAUUAGAUCCAUAUAUGCUGGAGUUGAGGAUAAGUAUAGGCCCAUUUGGGACAUAAUUGAUAGAAGAUGGCAUAACCAACUUCAUAGGCCCAUCCAUGCAGCAGCUUAUUACCUCAAUCCAUCAUUUCGUUUCCGUGCUGAUUUCAAAGCGGAUGAGGAGGUUCUUAGCGGGCUAUAUUCAGUAGUACAAUGGAUGGAUUUUUUGAUAGAGGAUGAGAACCCGGACCCAAUCUUAGAAACUCCUCUAGCAAUACUGUACUCUCAGAUUAAGGAAAAAAGGAAAUUAGGGCUGCAUCAGAAUCAAGAGGGAUUGGAGAAGCUAGACUUUGGAUCUUCCCCUCCUAAGAAGGGUCGCAAAUCCCUCAUUGAAGCUAGAUCCCAGGAUGGUGCUACGGAGAAUCAAUCAAAACAAUCAGAUCUCUGGAAAGUAGGCAAGGGAAAUCCCCUUCCUGAACAACAAUGA